AUCUUGUAGGUGACACAGAUGACAGGGAGGCUGAUCUGAGUCACCCAGUGCAUUCUGACAACUGUAUGAUACAGCCAGAUGGUUCCUGCAUUUCUGAUGCCUUUGCAUAUGUACAGAGACACUACAGUGGAGUUCUAUAUCUGAAUGACAACUUUGAAGGGGGACAAUUCUUCUUUGCUCACAAAAACAAAUCUGAGCAGAUAUCAGUGAAACCUAUAUGUGGAAGACUUGUGGCCUUCAACGCUGGUGAUUAUCACGGUGUAAAAGCUGUAGUGAAGGGGCAGAGAUGUGCUAUAGCCAUGUGGUUUACUCACGAUCCAAAUUUUGUUGAAGUUUCUCGGUUACAUGCUCAUCGUUCAUUAGAAAUUUUGCCAAAGUUAAAAAAGAAAACGGACGAUCCAUUGACAGAAGAUGUGACAAAUGUUGAUAUUGAAAGUGAAAUUAUUGACGUUACAACUGAUUUAGAAAGUUCAAUUAGAUGAAAACCAUGAUGAAUUGUGAUUUGGAAGAGUUUAUUGGAUUGAAAAUUCUAUUAAUUAAUCGUAGGAAACAGUUCUUAGAAGCAAUCCAAAUUAUCAUGUAGUUCAUUUAUGGGGUAUGAUUGGGAUAGUUUAUUGGAUUGAAAAUUAUAUUGAAUUAUCGUCGAGGAUAGUUCUUUAGAUGGUAUCCAUGAUUCACUAUUAUUGGGAGGAGUGUAUUGAAUCAAAAGUAAAGCCCUUUCAGCCAAAUAUUGCUUCUGCAUAGCUAAAAAUAUUUUGUAAAAUAUGACAUAUGUUUAUAUGAAUUGUUUGUAUGAAUUAAUUAUAUAGAUAACUGUGAUAUAUCCAUUUAUCCAGCCAAAAUAAGUAUGCUUAAAGCAUUAUUAUUUUUACUAUGCAUUUUUAGCUUGACUCUUCGAAGAAUAGGGAGAUAUUUUUUGAAAGGCAGGCAUGCAUCAGCAUAACACUUUGGUUAAGAAUUUUUGCAUGGAUGUUGGAAUCUCCAAAACUAGUGAAAGGAAUGGUUUGAAACUUCAUAAACUUAUUUGAUAGCACAAUAACAGGUCAAUGUCCAAAGUCCAUAACAUUAACAUUGAUUUAGACUGAGUUAUUGCCCUUUUUGAAAUUUUACACUACCCAGGCUCUUGUUUUGCUAUCAGGCACUGAGAAUAGUCAAGCAUUCUGUCGUACUGACAGCUCUCGUUUUCUAUUGUCGUAAAAAUAAUAAUGUGCUUGCACAGUAUGUCAUACUAACCUUUUAGUUCAUUAUUUAGCUCUCCUGAGCUUCAUUUAUGUGUUUUCAUACUUUAAUUAUUAAACAGAUAAUUUUGCCACUUUGUUGUUAGCCUCUGAGAUAUUAUACUAUAUUUUAAUUUUGUUAUUUUUUCAUAAAAGAGAAAUGCUUAUGUCAAGGGCUGUAACUCUUUUUUGUAUUUUAUCAUAAUAAUAUACUUUUCUACUUUUGUACUGGAAAAUUUUUAUUGAAUUAAAAUGUUAUAACAUAUGAGUCAUAGCUAUGUUGCUACAUUUUGCCAAAAUAAUGUGACCUGUUAUAUUUUUAUCACAUUGUUUAACUAUACUUGUUUAGCUAUUGUACAUUGAUUAAGUGUAUACAUAUUGAACUAUUGUACAUUGAUAAACAAUAUAUGUUUAACUAUUAUACAUGUACAUGCUCAGGCUUGUUUUCCUUUUUUGACAUACAUUAUUUUCUCCCUCAUUUUUCUUUUGGAUGUUAUCUAACAUAAUA